AAAAAAUAUCAAAAAUGUUAAUAAUAAUAUCCUACGCUUUCUUUAUCUCUCUAAAAAGUAAAAGUAGUGACUGAUUUUAAUCCGCCGGUGAGAGAGAUGUUAUCUCCGACGUUAUUUCCACUCUUCUGCGCUUUAUUUCUCUGUCUUCCGGUUGCCGUCAUCUUCACAGUCCAGAGAGAACACACCGGCGUUAUCUCGCCGGAACUUGGUUUCCGCUCACUCUCCGUCUUCUCCCUCUACUCUCGAAAUGUCCCCGACGCUCCUUCUCCGUCGAUUCCGAUUCGACAACCAAUUCCCAAAGACGAUGAACCGCUUCUCCGACUCGCUUCUCGGGUUAACCCGAAUCAGCCACCCGGAUCGACCCGGAAACUUGCUUUUAUGUAUCUAACGACGACGCCUCUUCCUUUCGCGCCUUUGUGGGAGCUCUUCUUCAAUGGAAGCUCCAAGGAACUCUACAAUGUCUACGUCCACGCGGAUCCGACCCGAAAUUACGACCCGCCGUUCUCCGGCGUGUUCGCGAACCGGGUCAUUCCCUCGAAGCGCUCAGAACGAUACACACCCACUCUCGCCGCGGCGGCGCGUAGACUAAUAGCUCACGCGCUUCUAGACGAUCCACAGAAUCAAAUGUUUGCACUGAUCUCACCUUCCUGUGUACCAAUCCGGUCCUUUGGCUUCACCUACAAGACACUGGUCUCGUCUCGGAGGAGCUUCAUCGAGAUACUCAAAGACGAGCCGUGGCAAUUCGACAGAUGGGCGGCGCGUGGGGAAGACGCGAUGUUGCCGGAGGUGAGGCUCGAGGAUUUUCGUAUCGGGUCUCAGUUCUGGGUUUUGACACGGAGGCACGCGCGUGUGGUGGCGCGUGAUCGACGUGUCUGGGAGAAGUUUAACAAGACGUGCGUGCGGGAAGACACGUGCUACCCUGAGGAAAAUUACUUUCCUACCCUUAUUAAUAUGAGGGACCCACGUGGGUGUGUCCCCGCCACGCUGACUCACGUGGACUGGACCAUCAACGAGGGAGGCCACCCGCGGAUGUACGAGGCGGAGGAAGUGGUGCCUGAGCUGAUCGUGCGGCUGAGGAAGACUCGGCCGAGAUACGGUGAGGAUGGAAUCAACGGUUCGGAUUGGUCUUCGAUUGAGAGGAAUGAUCCGUUUCUGUUCGCGAGGAAGUUCUCACCAGAGUCUCUCGAGCCUUUGUUAGGUAUGGCUACAAGCGUGUUGUUUAAUGACUCGGCUGCUUGUGCCUGAAUGGUUAGUCUACGUGGCGUCUGUUGUAAAUUUAGUUUUAGUUUUUUUUUUCUUUUGUUUUAAGUUGACAAAAUAAUUGUUACUUAAAAAUGGGUAGCUGGGAAAAACAAAAACCCAGUCUAUCAUUAUCCUUCAAGAUGAGUCCUUCUCGAGCUAAUUGGUUACACACCA